CACCUUUAAAAUCAAGAUUUAACUUCGAUCUACAAAAAAAACCUUCCGCUUCCGGGUGCUUACAUUUCUCUGCCAUAUUCCGCUCCAGUCUUUUCCCUUCCCAGCUGUGUGUAUGCUGCGUUACCCCGGGGGAUGGUCUGCCAUCUGACGCGAACAAGUUAACCACAUUCAAAACGGGCAAAGUUGGCGAUUUCAUAAAGAACGGUAAAACAAACAGUGAGCAAAAAUGACGACGCGAUCGGAGAGAGAAAAGGCCCAGAAACUCAAUGAACAGCAUCAGGCCAUACUGUCCAAAAUGCUAAGGGAGGACGACAACAAAUACUGCGCCGAUUGUGAGGCUAAAGGACCGCGAUGGGCCUCCUGGAACCUGGGCGUGUUCAUCUGCAUCCGAUGCGCCGGCAUCCACCGGAACCUGGGCGUGCACAUAUCCCGCGUCAAGUCCGUCAAUCUGGACCAGUGGACCCCAGAGCAGAUGCAGAGUGUACAGGACAUGGGGAACACCAGGGCCAGGCAGCUGUACGAAGCCCAUCUGCCAGAGAACUUCAGACGGCCACAGACAGACCAGUAUCCUUCCACACACUGCCCUGUGUGCGUGUGUGUGUGUCUCUGUGUCUGUGUGUGUGUGCGCGUGCGUGCGUGUCUGUGUGUGUGCACGUGCCCUCAUCCUCUUCCUCCUCCUCUUCCUCCUCCUCGUCGUCUUCCUCCUCUGGUGCUCCUCCGGUGGGCUCUGCAGAAGGCCCCUGAUGUGGCUCAGUCUUCCUCCUCCUCCUCUCCCUCCUCACAGGCAUCUGAGAAAAACAAGUUGGAGAAGGAAAGGGAGAAGAAGAAGGACGAGAGGAAGAGGGAAAAGGACACAGACAAAAGCACCAAGCCCUCGCCUCUGGAGAAGAAGCGCGAGGACGUGCAGUCAGACUCCAAGCCGAGCCCCAGGAAGAACGCCGAGCCCUCCGUCGACCUACUGGGCCUGGACAUUGCCGGCGAGAACUUUAUUGUCGAGUGGGCCAAAGCCAGUUCCAGUAAAGCUCCAGGGGUCCCUGCGGCGGCAGUGGCCGCUCCCGGUGCACCGUCUGGGGCCGCGGUGGAGGCGGCGCCGACCUCCUCCUCCCAGGGCGAGCUGGAUCUCUUCAGCGAGGGCAGCGGCGGAGGCGGUAAGGCUGAGGAGAAUGCCAAGAAGCCCCUCAGCAAGGACUCCAUCCUCUCCCUGUACGGCUCCAGCACUGUGCCCCAACAGCCCACACAAGCCGCCAUGUUCAUGGGCGCGUCUCAGAUGCAGUUCCCCACACAGCCGCCCGCCAACUUCCAGGCCUUCCCGGGCAUGGGCGGGCCAUGCCCCCCCACCACCAUGAUGGGCGCCGUGAUGGGCCAGGGGGCCGCCCCGGCCGCCAUGAUGGGCCAGAACGCCACCGGCAUGAUGGUGGGCAUGACCAUGCCCAACGGCUUCAUGGGCGGCGCCCAGGCCGCCGGCGUGAUGGGGCUGGCGCCGGGCAUGAUGGGAGCGCAGGCAGGGCGCCAUCCGGCGGGCGUGGUGCCACCCCAGAACAUGUACGCCAUGCAGCCCGGUCAGCAGCCCCAGUGGAACAUGGCACAGAUGAACCAGCAGAUGACCGGCAUGAGCCUGAACGGCUCCGGCGCGCCCAUGUCGUUCGCCCAGCCCGGGGCCCCCAUGGGCGGCUGGGUGGGACCCCCCUCCGGCCAGACCCUCAGCACCCAGCUCUGGAAGUGAGCACACAGGCAAGGGAUGGAGGGAGAAAGAGACCGAAGAGAAGAGAACUGAAGAGUGAGGGGGAGGAUAGAGAGAGAGAGAGGAAAAGCAGAAGAGGCCGUACGGACACACUCCUCCCUCCUCCUCCUCCUCUUCAUCUGUCCAUCUUUGUCUUCAUCUCGGCGAGUGUUGUAUCCAUGUACUGUUAUAUUUCCCCUACUUUCCAACCAUUACUACUCUGGAGAAUAUCAACUCUACCUGCUCAACCCUGUGUAUGUAUGGAGUGGUUAGAGUGUACAGGUAUAACGCAGACUGGCAGCUUUUUGUCCGUCUUAUUUGCAAAAUAGUUUUUUUUUUCUUCUUCUACUCUUUUUUUCUUUUGUUUUUUUUUUGUUAAAGGAAAACAUAUCAGCGAAGAGAAGAACAAAAAAGCUGCUGGACCAAUUAUACAAGCAUCUAAUAUAUCAUUACCAAAAUUGAUAGUGAGUAAAUAGUAUUUAAAUGGCUGAGACUUGGCUAUCAUGUUUGUGAAACGCGACUCCUUUCCGCUGCCCGUUCUCCCAUGCCCUUGUGUAUACAGCUCUCCCCUUCCAUGGUCCUGUAGCAGGUAUCGUAUGAGCCGAUGUUCUGUAUGUAAUUAUUAUACGGUAGAGAUCAGACCCCUCCAGACAUCCCCUAUCAGCGCUCCCCCCAGAUCCAUCAACAUCCCCACCCAACCCCCACCCAACCUCCACCCAAUGUGGCUCCAGCUCCCAAAACAAAAGCCCUCCUCAUAACUGUGGUGUUUUAUUAUGUGCAUUACAGAGAAGCACAGCUAGCAAGAGGCUAAUAAACCUGGACGACUCCACGAGACAGACAACAGUCACACACACGUUAAAUUAACAUUUCAAGUAAAUAAUAAAUAAAUAAGGAUUCUUUUGAGGAUGAUGAGGUUUCAAACGAGUUGGGGGGGGGGAGGGGGGGUGAGGUAAGGACUGGUUGUUAUGACGAGUAGAUGGGCUAGGAAAAUGUAUGUGAUGGAAGGAAAGAUAUUUGAACAGAAAAUAAAUAAAUAAAUAAACAAACAAACUGGAAUUGAAUUCAAGAAAUGGCAACACACACACACACACACACACACACAGGCUGACAAACACAAGAGUCUAGAUGGCGGUAGCAGAGCUCACAGUCCACACAGACAGACAGGGUCACUCUGCGGUGCAAUAAUGUGAGAACACAUACACCACACACACACACACAGAAACACACUGUCGUCCUCCAGGUUUAUCUCUAUAAUGUGUUUACAUUUUCUGGUGCCUAGUACAGAGAAAAAAAAUGGUAUUUCCGUGCAUUAAACAGUGAAUAGCCAUGAACUAUAGUGUGAUCAUUUUGUCUGAAGAUUUAUUGUAAAGUUUUGUUUCUUUCUUUUCUUUUAAUUUGUUUUCCUUUUUCUUCUGGCUUUUAAGAGGGUCGUUUGGAAUAAAGACAGUUGUACUCCU